AUGCUCUUUUUUUACAAACGUUUACUCCCAUUCAAACAGGUUUUCAAAUGGUUGAGCCAUUCCCCCAAAGUGACCAAAGACUUCACCAUGAGAGAGUUUGCCUUUGAGUUCCGUACUGGUGCGUACCAAAGAUACAACUCCUACGGAAGCGUGGACGAGUUCAAGCAGUCCGUCAUCAAUGCCAAUCCUACCCGUUUCGAAGUGGGUGCAGUAUACGCUGUGAACCCCAAGGAAAGAAAGAACCUUCCCAAAACCGCCAUGAAGCCCGAGUCCAAAGAGUUGGUUUUCGAUAUCGAUUUGACAGAUUACGAUGACAUCAGAACCUGCUGUCAAAAGACCGACAUCUGCAAAAAAUGCUGGAAGUUCAUCCGCGUUGGGUCCAAGGUGAUGGACGCUGCCUUAAGAGACGAUUUCGGUUUCAAGCACAUGGUGUGGGUCUUCUCGGGAAGAAGAGGUGCCCAUUGUUGGAUAAGUGACCCAAGAGUACGUCAGAUGAAUGAAGUUACAAGAAAGUCUAUCAUUGACUACAUGGACGUUUUAGCAUCCAAACAGUCCAAGUUAUCUUCCAAAAAGCCAUUGCUGGUCAAGAGACCAUUGCACCCCCAUGUGGAAAGAUCAUUAGAAAUCUUGAGUGAGGAGUUUGUGGAAAUUAUAUUGAACGACCAGGAUCCAUGGUUCACUGCUCCUGAUACAGCUUCGGAUGCCAAAAGUUGGACUCAAAUCGAAGAGUUAUUGUCUUUCCUUCCAGACAAUAAAUUGCAGCAGGAGUUGAGAAGCAAGUGGAAGAGCAGCAGUGGCAUCUCAACAUCGAGAGACAAGUGGGAAGACAUCAACGUGGUUGCCAAGAGCGUGUUGAAAAGUACUGCCCAAGCUAACCAGUUGCUUGAUGCCAGAAAAGAUAUCAUUAUUUAUUACAUGUACCCAAGGCUAGAUGUUGAGGUCUCCAGGCAAGUCAUCCACUUGUUAAAAUCUCCAUUCUGUAUCCAUCCAGGAACUGGUAACGUCUGUGUUCCGUUCGACCCAACCCAAAAUAUAUCAGGUAAUUCACAAGAUGACAGCUAUGGAUUUAACCCAAUGACUGCUCCAAACUUAAGAAUAUUGCAAAAGGAAUUGGACUCCUGGGAGCAGAACUCGCCAUCUAAUGAUAGCGACAAGAAGUUAGCUGACUAUGAACGAACUAGUUUGAAACCUUACGUGGAAUAUUUCUCUAAGUUUGUCAAUGACAUGAUCACGGAUGAGUUGCAAGGUAUUUCAAAAAGAGCUAGAGAAGAGGAUUUGAGCUUUUGA